CACGUUUUGAGGUGCUGACGGGAACGCGCUGGCGGCAGCAGCGUCCGCCCCGUGUGCAUCAUGGCCAAGGCGAAGAAAUCUAAGUCCGGGGGCAAGGCAAAAAAGGGCAAGUCCGCAGGAAAAGGAAAGAAGGGCAAGCCUGGAGGAAAAGGAAGUAAGGACAAGACUGGAAGCAAAGUCAAGGACGACAAAUCCGGAAGCGAGGAAAGCAAGCAGACGUCCGGAAGCGAGGAUAAGAAAAGCAAGUCCGGAAGCAAGGAGAAGAAAGACAAGUCCGGAGGAAAGAAAAAGAAGGACAAGUCCGGUGGCAAGAAGAAGAAAGGAAGCAAGGGAUCCUCUCCCGGAGCGAAGUCGGGGUCAGCGAGCUCAAGCAAGGAGAAAUUGUCGAGCCAGCAGAAGGCCAAGGGUGGGGCCAGCUCCUCGGACAGCGUGACCAGUUCGACUGCUGGCCAGGCACCGGACAGCGCGGCGUCCUCGGAGGGGUUAUUCAAACCCUUGAAGCGGCAGCCUUUCCCGCCGUUGGUCUUGCCCGGCGACCGGGAACUCACGUUGGCACGGCGACCAGAUACCGUAUACGUCUUGGACUGGCGCAACAUGUGGUUCUUCCCCGUGAGCGUGGUCGCCCUGGCGCUCAUCGUCUUCGGCAUGGUCAUCAUGUCACUGGAUCUGCAGGAGGCUGGCGCACUGCAGGCCGAGGGCCUGAAUGCCACCGGCGUCGGGAACGGGACAGCCGUCGACGUAACCCCAGCGACUCCGUCGUGGACCGAGGGCUUCCAUUCUACGCUACCGACGUCCGUUCCGAAGCGGAAGAGGAGGGCGCACGAGCAACAUCCAAAUACCGCAGCGCCAUCUUUUCCGAGACACCUGUCGGCGUCGAACACCCGGGUGGAGGCGCCGAUGUCCGCUGCCUUCAUUGCGGCCAAAAAAGGCGCAAGGUCAACGGCUCUGAAUAAUUCUGAGUGGGAGGUCCACGACGAGUCCUCAAAGGCAGAUAGUUCCGACGUUGACGCGACACAGGAUUGGCUGCAUGCUCCUAGGCAGGACUGGCAAGAUAGGGGCCUUUCGCGUGCACCGCUCAUCAAGGUCACUCCAUCGAAAGCCGUUGAGACCGGCGAGUGGAACGCGACCACCGCGAAGGUUGACGAAUCGUGAUGUCACUGCCCAGUGCGAUGGAGUCUGGAAACACAACUUGCUCAAAGCGCGGAGGUGACCGCAGCCACGUCUUAGUUUCAGAUGAGCGAAUACUGCUAUUAUUACGCUUUCCGGAACUACCGGACUUCUCGCAGAUUUUUCGGCGUUAACAAGGGCAGGCAUUACUGGCGUAAUAACGAACAUGUCGACUCUUACUUUUCACGCUUAUCAGCUCAUAUACCAUCAGGGAACCACACAUGACUUUAAUACAAAUGAAAAAGAAAAACACAGAGAGAGAGAGAGAAAAAAAAAAGAAGUAAGAAAGACUACCUAAAAACCUCACGAAUGAUUCGCUAUUGACAAAGGCAACUUUACGUUUUAUGCACGUGACUGUGGCUCGAUCGACGUCCGAUGGCGGUUAUGCCGCUAAUUUUUUACAGCCAUGACUAGAAGAUAUCCUGUAUAUAUACAUAAGGAUCAAAGCAUACUGAUCAAAUGUACUGAUCAAAGCACGAAAUAAUGUUGCCUGUUGAUAUUACGCAUAUUUUACCAUAAGGCAACGCGGAUUCGCUGCUGUAAACAGGCAGUUUGCACUGUUGCGCCUACUGGCUCAUCGCACCAUUUAUUGGCGAAUAUGAAUGUGAUGGUUGCUAUAGGUCGGAUGAAUAAGCUUAACAGACACCGCAGUUCAGUUUAGACACGCCUUUGCCGUGGUAAAGCAGGACUUGUUGUUACUGGAUGUAUUUGGUUAAAUUUACCAGUACGUAAAUUUAUGUAACGAAAGCAAUGAAGGUAUUAAAAAGUCAUGUAGAUCCCGUGCACGUGUUGGGAUGUCAA